AUAAUACAAUAAAAGACAUAUACCUCACAAAAUGUUAUAAAGUUUCAAUUUCUGGAGGACGAAAAUGAAACUUUUAUGGUUUGCUUUUGUUGUGUUGUGCGCACAAGCACGCGCCGACCUCGAUGCCAAUCAACAAGGUGAGUCAGAUGUAAACUUCCAUCUUGGAAGCAGUGUUCUGAAUUUCAAUUUGGUGGCACCCGAGCACGAGGUAACUGCGGAGGAUGAACAACUCAUUCAAGAGCUGUCAACUCGUGAACAACGUAGUUUCAUCGCCGAUCUCAUAAAGAACACCCUGGAGAGCUUCAGACCCAUCGUCAUCAAUGGUAAUGACGACAUCCCUCCCCUCGACCCCUUCCAAAUAGACACCAUUGGGCCCUUGUACUACAUGGUCACUGGGGUGCGCGCGACAGCACAAGUAAACGACUUCCGUGUCGAAGGCCUUCGUUGGUACAUCGUGGACCGCGUCACCUUUAAUGCAUUCAGGCUUACAUUGGGAGUUCAUGUUACCAUUCCAUGGAUCACCGUUACCGGUUCGUACAACACUCACGCUGCGGUGUUGCUCAUUAACCACAGAGCUAGCGGCAACUUCAGAGUUUUCAUAAACCGCAUUGAUGUGGGCGUUGACAUGCGCUUGGGAACAAACCUUAUUGGAGGACAUUUGAAGCUUCGGGAGUUGGACAUUAAGAUUGACAUCCAUGACACAUUUAUCCAAAUCACUGGUAUGACCGGAUCUUCUCUUCUCAACAAUUUCAUCAGUUCCACUGUGAAUUCUCUUACCCAAGAUGUUAUUCAGAACGAGAUGGCAAAUGUUAGCGCCAUGUUGAGCGAGGAGCUAUUCGAUAGCAUCAAUGAAAUUCUUAAAGACUACACCCUCGCUGAUAUUUUGGGUUAAAUAAACUAUUAUGUACACUUGUA